UAAAGGGCUUUCUCUUACAAAGUUAUCUGUACGGCCAUUCUUACACCCUCUAAAAUCUAAAGAGAAAUAACACAAAUUACAAGUUGAAGGUUCUGUAAUCCCAAAACCCUAACAAGAAAAGUUUUCACAAUCGGAGAAGAAGCCAUGUUUCCAGGGUUCAUGCGAAAGCCAGACAAGACUGCGGCAUUGAAGGAGCUCAAAGCUCACGUCGCCAUGUUUGGGACAUGGGUCGUUGUGGUUCGUCUCACCCCUUACAUUCUUCACUUUCUCAACCGCGAAAGCGAGGAACUCAAGCUCGAGCUUUAGAUUCAGAGUGGUCUUGAGGAGGAUACUUGCUUGAGUUGUGGAGGAAUUUCAUCAAAUAAUGUUUCUAUGUAACCCUGAAAAUUGUGUGGGCAUGAUACAUUGUUAGCAUAAUAGACAAUGUCAUUUAUAUUUUUUUGUUUGUUUUUACAUUGACAAGCUUGUGAGUAUGUUUUACAAUGUAGAAGUAAAAGGACACAGGCAGUCGUUGAUGGGAU